GGCGAGCGGCGCGGAGUGCGGGGCCGCCGGGAGAGCCGCGGCGGCGGGAGAGCCCCGAGCUGCGCAGCCCCCGCCGCCACCGCGCCGGGCUCCUGCCCUCCUACAGUUCCCGCUCCGCUGCCACUGAGGAGGGAGGUCUAGGGAACACGGCUUUAUAGAUAUAUAUUUUUUUUUUCAAUUAUUAUUAUUAUUUUUCUUUUGAGGGGAUGCUGAGAAAGCAAGCCGUUCCCCUCCCGUGUAGCACAUUGCCUGGGCGUUCCUAUUAUGGAAGUUAAGUGAGAAACUCUGCAGCUUGAACUGAUUUGGGGAGAGAAAGGGAGAGAGAAAGGGGUAGGGGGAGGGCGAGAGGAAGGCAAAAUAGCCGAACCAAACCAAUGGUUUUCCUGAAAAGUGCCGGGAAGUUUGUGGAGCACUUUCUAGGAAUCAGGUCCUUUCUCAGAGUCUCUCCUUGUCUUCCGAAGAAAGACCUUGCUUUUGGAUUGCCAUGGAUCCUAAAGAGAGUCUUAGACACACUUGAAUAAUUCCCCUGCUUGGGCUGGAUUGGUGGGAAUUUAGGAAGGAGCGUGUGUGCGAAGCAGAAGCCUUCGGAGCUCACUCGCUGCUUCUCUAAUCUGUAUGGAUCUAAAAGUGUCACAUUCAAGACCUUUGCAUCUCCAGCUUUUGAACUGAAGAUUUCCAUUUCCACUUUAAGUAGCUGCUAGGAAACUGAAAACUUUUGGACCUACCUCUUACUGGCUUUGGAUACUUUUUUCUUUUUUUUUUCCCUCUUUUUAUAUUUCCUUUUUUUUUUUUUUUUUUCCUCCCCUUUUUUAAUCUCUGUGGAAUUGGUCUCGCAAGCGAUCGGGAUUGUUUUUAAUAUGUCAAAAUGGGUCUGCUGACGCCACUCCUGCUCUUCGGAUUUGCAUUUUUUCAAGUCUAUGGAUCCCGUCUCCGCCAGGAGGACUUUCCACCGCGGAUUGUUGAGCAUCCUUCGGAUGUGAUAGUGUCCAAAGGAGAGCCAACCACUCUGAACUGCAAGGCAGAGGGAAGGCCGACCCCCACCAUCGAGUGGUACAAGGAUGGCGAGCGGGUGGAGACGGACAAGGACGACCCGCGCUCCCACCGGAUGCUGCUGCCCAGCGGAUCCUUGUUCUUCCUGCGCAUCGUGCACGGGCGCCGGAGCAAGCCCGACGAGGGGAGCUACGUGUGCGUGGCCAGGAACUACCUUGGAGAAGCUGUGAGUCGCAAUGCGUCUCUGGAAGUGGCAUUGCUGCGGGAUGACUUCCGCCAGAACCCUACAGAUGUGGUGGUGGCAGCUGGAGAGCCUGCAAUCCUGGAGUGCCAGCCCCCUCGAGGGCACCCCGAGCCCACCAUCUACUGGAAGAAAGAUAAAGUCCGGAUUGACGACAGAGAGGAGCGCAUCAGUAUCCGUGGUGGGAAGCUGAUGAUCUCCAACACCAGAAAAAGUGAUGCAGGGAUGUACACCUGUGUGGGGACCAACAUGGUGGGGGAGCGUGACAGUGACCCUGCAGAGCUGACUGUCUUUGAGCGGCCCACGUUUCUCAGGCGCCCGAUCAACCAGGUGGUGCUGGAGGAGGAGGCCGUGGAUUUCCGCUGCCAGGUGCAGGGGGAUCCCACCCCCACCGUCCGCUGGAGGAAGGAUGACGCAGACCUGCCGAGAGGAAGGUAUGACAUCAAAGACGACUACACGCUGCGCAUCAAGAAAGCGGCGAGCACGGACGAAGGCACCUACACCUGCAUCGCUGAGAACAGAGUUGGGAAGGUGGAAGCCUCUGCCUCGCUCACCGUGCGAGCUCCCCCACAAUUUGUGGUGAGACCACGAGACCAGAUUGUAGCCCAGGGUCGAACUGUGACUUUUCCUUGUGAAACUAAAGGGAAUCCCCAGCCAGCUGUUUUCUGGCAAAAAGAAGGGAGUCAGAACCUACUCUUCCCAAACCAGCCUCUGCAGCCCAACAGCAGAUACUCUGUGUCACCAACUGGGGACCUCACCAUUACCAACAUCCAGAGGUCUGAUGCAGGCUACUACAUUUGUCAAGCACUGACGGUUGCUGGAAGCAUUUUAGCAAAGGCUCAGCUGGAGGUUACUGAUGUCUUGACAGAUCGGCCUCCGCCCAUCAUCCUGCAGGGCCCCAUCAACCAGACGCUGGCAGUGGAUGGCACAGCUCUGCUCAAGUGCAAGGCCACCGGCGACCCCCUGCCUGUCAUCAGCUGGCUCAAGGAGGGGUUCACCUUCCUGGGCCGGGACCCUCGCACGUCCAUCCAGGACCAGGGCACGCUGCAGAUCAAAGCUCUGCGGCUGUCUGAUACUGGGACUUACACUUGUGUUGCUACAAGUUCCAGUGGGGAAACAUCCUGGAGUGCUGUGCUGGAGGUGACAGAAUCCGGUGGAGCAACAGUCAGUAAAAAUUAUGAUAUAAAUGACCUCCCUGGGCCACCAUCCAAACCUCAGGUCACUGAUGUCACUAAGAACAGUGUCACCCUGUCCUGGCAGCCAGGGACCCCUGGAAGCCUCCCAGCUAGUGCAUAUAUCAUUGAGGCUUUUAGUCAGUCUGUGAGCAACAGCUGGCAGACAGUGGCCAACCACGUGAAGAGCACCCUGUACACCGUGAGAGGGCUGCGCCCCAACACCAUCUACCUGUUCAUGGUCAGAGCCAUCAACUCCCAGGGCCUGAGCGACCCCAGCCCCAUGUCAGACCCUGUCAGGACCCAAGAUAUCAGCCCCCCAGCACAAGGAGUGGAUCACAGGCAAGUCCAGAAGGAGCUGGGAGAUGUCAUUGUACGGCUGCACAACCCUGUUGUGCUGACACCCACGACAGUGCAAGUCACCUGGACGGUGGACCGCCAGUCCCAGUUCAUCCAGGGCUACCGCGUCCUGUAUCGCCAGACGUCCGGGCUGCCUGCCCCAGCUGCGUGGCAGAGCCUGGAGGUGAAAGUGCCCACGGAGCGCAGCGCCGUCCUGGCCAGCCUGAAAAAGGGGGUCACCUACGAAAUCAAGGUCCGCCCUUACUUCAAUGAGUUCCAGGGGAUGGACAGUGAAUCCAAGUCCGCCCGCACCACGGAGGAAGCUCCAAGUGCUCCUCCUCAGUCUGUCACUGUCCUGACAGUUGGAAAUCACAACAGCACGAGCAUCAGCAUCUCCUGGGAUCCUCCCCCUCCAGAUCACCAAAAUGGAGUCAUCCAGGAGUACAAGAUCUGGUGCCUAGGUAAUGAGACUCGAUUUCAUAUCAACAAAACAGUAGAUGCAGCCAUUCGGUCUGUAGUAAUAGGUGGCCUGUAUCCAGGUAUCCAGUACCGCGUGGAAGUUGCUGCAAGCACCAGUGCAGGUGUGGGAGUAAAAAGUGACCCACAACCCAUAAUCAUUGGGGGUCGUAAUGAAGUUGUCAUCACUGAAAAUAACAACAGCAUAACUGAGCAAAUCACGGAUGUGGUCAAGCAGCCUGCCUUCAUAGCUGGCAUUGGUGGUGCAUGCUGGGUCAUUCUCAUGGGUUUCAGCAUCUGGCUGUACUGGAGAAGAAAGAAGAGGAAGGGGCUCAGCAAUUAUGCUGUCACCUUCCAAAGAGGAGAUGGAGGACUAAUGAGCAAUGGAAGUCGACCAGGUCUGUUGAAUGCCAGUGACCCCAGUUAUCCUUGGCUUGCAGACUCUUGGCCUGCCACAAGUCUGCCAGUAAAUAACAGCACUAGUGGACCCAAUGAUCUUGGGAAUUUUGGUCGUGGAGAUGUGCUGCCACCAGUGCCAGGGCAAGGAGAUAAAACUGCUACGAUGCUUUCUGAUGGGGCCAUUUACAGCAGCAUUGACUUCACCACCAAAACCAGCUACAACAGCUCCAGCCAAAUAACUCAGGCCACGCCAUAUGCCACCACCCAGAUCCUGCAUUCCAACAGCAUUCACGAGCUGGCUGUCGAUUUACCAGAUCCACAGUGGAAAAGCUCAAUUCAGCAAAAAAAUGACCUCAUGGGAUUUGGUUACUCUCUCCCAGACCAAGGCAAAGGCAACAAUGCCUUGCUUUACAUCCCUGACUACCGGGUGGCUGAGGGACUGGCUAAUAGAUUGCCACACAACCAGUCACAGGAUUUCAGCACCACCAGCUCCCACAACAGCUCCGAAAGGAGUGGCAGCCUCUCAGGUGGCAAAGGAGGGAAAAAGAAGAAAAACAAAAAUACUACCAAGCCCCAGAAAAACAAUGGUUCAACCUGGGCCAGUGUCCCCCUCCCACCCCCUCCUGUGCAGCCACUUCCAGGCACAGAGCUGGAGCACUAUGGGGUGGAUCAGCAAGAAGCAGGAUAUGACAGUGAUGGCUGGUGUCCACCUUUGCCAGUUCAGACCUACCUGCAUCAGGGCAUGGAGGAUGAGCUUGAAGAAGAUGAUGAUCGUGUCCCCACCCCUCCUGUCCGGGGAGUGGCUUCAUCUCCUGCCAUCUCCUUUGGGCAACAGUCGACUGCAACCCUCACGCCUUCCCCACGAGAGGAGAUGCAGCCAAUGCUCCAGGCUCACCUUGAUGAGUUAACAAGGGCUUACCAGUUUGAUAUAGCAAAGCAGACAUGGCACAUCCAAAGCAAUACACAACCUCCUCAGGCUCCAGUUCCUCCCCUAGGAUACGUAUCUGGAAACCUUAUUUCAGAUUUGGAAACAGAUGUUCCAGAUGAUGAUGAUGAUGAGGAUGAUCUUGAAGAAGAAACUGUAGAAAUCAGCAGGCCACUAAGAGGUCUAGAGCAUACUCCAGGCUCCAGUAUGGACAAUCUAGACAGCUCUGUGACAGGUUCAAUGGUAAAUGGAUGGGGUUCUGCGUCUGAUGAGGACCGUAACUUUCCUAGUCAUAGAUCUAGUGUAGGUAGCUCCUCAGAUGACUCCAUCUGUACCAGCGGCACUUUUGCACAAGCACUGGUUGCAGCAGCAGAUAAAGCUGGGUUUAGGCUGGAUGGAACCAGCCUGACCAGAACAGGCAAAGCAUAUUCUUCCUCUCAGAGACCUCGGCCAGGCAGUCCUUUUUCUACUGACAGCAACCCCAGUGCAGCUGUCAGUCAGGGUCAGAGGCCAAGGCCCACGAAAAAACACAAGGGUGGACGAUUGGAGCAGCCGCCUUUGCCUCACCGCCGGGAGGGGAUCACGGACGAUCUUCCACCACCACCCGACCCGCCCCCUGGUCAGGGUUUAAGGCAGCCCAUAGUGCCCGGCCAGCGCGGAGGCUCUGCCGAGAGGAAGGGGAGCUCUCUGGAGAGGCAGCACGCAGCAGCCAACGUAGAUGACACAAAGAGCUCCCUGGACCGGCCCGCUAGGACAUCUCUAGAGUGGCAGCGGCAAGCCCAGGAGUGGAUAAGCUCUACAGACCGCCAAGAGGAUUUCAGGAAAGCCCAACACAAACAAGCCUUCGGAUCAGAAGAGGCACUCGUACCAUAUAGUAAACCCAACUUCCCAUCCCCUGGUGGCCACAGCUCUUCAGGAACAUCUUCUUCAAAAGAAUCAACUGGACCCAGAAAAGAGUAGUUGAGAAGACACAUUGCAAGCUGCUCUGAUGGACCAUCAGGUCUGAACUCAUGGAAGUGAUGACACUAAACAGUGCAAUGAACAUUUUCUUUAUUUAUGUACUAUUAAAGAACUGUAAAUGCAAUGUAAAGACACACAGCCACACAUAUCCCACAGAUACUUUACUUGUGUUCUUCUCUUUAAUACACCAUCCACCUUAAACUAUUCCUUGUCAGGAGUAUAUAAAAAAGAAAGAAAAAAAAAAAAAUCACCCUCCAGGAUUAAAAGGAUUUCCUUCUGUAUAUAAUUUCUUUUGUUGCAUUGCUAUGCAAGCUCACCUUCUUUUUAGCUAUGUUCAUAUUCAUGUCUGUUUUUACUGGUCUGUUGUACUAUAUGUGAAUUAAUAGGCUGUGGUGCCAUAUAUUAACUUUUAAUUGUGUAACUUUUAUGUUUAAAGUUUGCACUGCGAUUUUAUUUGGUGAUAAGCACAAAACUCUACUCCUCAUGACAUGAAGAAAAAAGAGACUGAAUGUGUGAAGAAGGUUUACGUCCUGUAAGCUACUUUGGAUAUUGCUGGAUGUAAAGGAGUAUGUUAGGUGGUUUUCCAUUGGGGUGUAGAAAUGAGAAAGUGACAGGCAAAACUGAUGUCAGUGAAGACAUUAGAGACAGAUUUAAACCUUUUAAAAGCAAGCAACCUAGUUGCUCUUCCUAUUUAAGAAGGGGUCAGAAGUUGGAAGUGUGAGAUUAAAGAGUGAAAAUGAAAACUAAAGGUAGCAUGAGAUGGCCUAGACCCUUUCACUAGAAUGAUACCCUUAGUAUCUGCUUUUAGCCAUCCCAUGCCACUAAGUAAAGGGGAAGAAAAAUAAACCUUGCUACAAACAAAUGAACUUAAGGUGUUUCACUAAAGCUGUUUUUAUUUUGCAGUUUUGAAAGAAUUAUUACCUUUAAUUUCUCUAGCCCAAAAUAUAGGACAGAGAUUUUCCAGGAGAAACAAACCAUAUAAACACAAGGAAUACCUAGUAAGAAGAUAAGAAUGCAAUUUAUUAUUAAGACAUAUUCAGGCUGCUUCCAAAAAUUGAAAUGUCAGAGUAUCUUAUUUCACCUUUCCAAUACAUGUACAGUAUGAUGGAGGAUAAAGCUGCACCACUGAAAUUCAUGACAUUAAUUGUUUUGAUGCAGUCUACACAACCCUUUCUGUUCCAUACCUGAAAUCUGCAAGAGCUGAAGUUGGAUCCACUAAAUUUGUAGUAAAAUGUUUAGUGUUUGGAAGGAAAGCAAGGGUCAAAUUAUUUUUGGCUUGCAUUAAGUAUAUUUCUGGCAAUACAGUACAUCCAAAAAGUUGGAUAUAAGCAAAGGAAAUAUUUGGCCUGUGUUUUAGUGAGUGGCUUCAAACUCUACUAUGAUGAGGAAAUAACAACACAUGUUUAUACACUUUUUGAAUAAACCAGACUCUGUAAGUGGACAUUAAUGACAGCAUCCUGUCUCUUCAUUAAUUUUCAUGACUUUUUCCAAGUCUUCUUUACCUUUCAAAUCUCAAAGAGUAAAUUCUCAAGCUUUUCUUAGAAUAUUGUGUGUGGCUAACCCACCCAUUACUUUGAUGCUUAAUUUAAAUAUUGCAUCUUACAGCUUAUUUCUGUUAGUUAUCUGACCAUGAGCACAAGUUUCCAUUGAAUACCCUUUUCAUAUAACCAGUCUAUGUUGUUUUAUAUUUUGCCUUGGAGCUCACCAGUAUUAAGAACACUUUUUGUCAUGGCAGAAUUUUAGAAAAGUAAAUUAUGAUGCUAAAUAUGUGUUGCUUUUCAUUUCAUUAACUUGUUCCAUGAUAAGAUAAAACACUACAGCCAUCAGCUAUAACUCAGCACUAUUGAAUAUUGAAAAAUGCUAGUUAACUCCCUUAAGGUCAAGACAUGUUACUUAGCAAGUUACAAACAAAAAAAAAAGUUGAGGAAAAAAGUAAGAAUUUAUUUACAUAUGUGACCAAUGAGUAUAUGCCAUUUUCCUGCUUGUUAAAACACUAUAGUUAAAAACAUAACUUGAAAAUGUUCGAGUAAGAUAAAGAAUGCAGCAUAAUUACAUAUGCAUGGUUUUUAUUUUGAUAUUGCCAUAUGAAAAGAAGACCAUUCAGAGUACAAUUCAAAUUUAAUUUUCUGGAAAAUGUUUAACUCAGUCACCAAUAGUUCCAAUAGUUGUUUAUUCCCUGUUUAAUUGAAAAGUUUGUGCUGAGCUUUGGUGGAACACCUUACUCACUCUGUUCUAUUCAAAAUUCAGUAUCAUUAGAGGUUGAUAAAGCCAUUCCAAUUACUUUCAAAUAUGUGUUUUAUCUCUUCCACUGGAAAGUAAAUGUGUGUCAGUAUUAAAGCUGUUCAGUACCAUGAUAUUCACUAACUUGUCCAUCUGCUUCUGUACAUUUUUGUUCAUUAAUAAUUUGCUUACAAUAUUACAUAAGGUGUUGUUGUGUAUGGCAAAGUGUCUCCAUUAUCUUACAGGUGAUGUCUCUUCUUUUUUUCUCUCUCUCUCUUUUCUAUACAGUGUAUUUCCAAUGAACCACAGUACAUAUUUUUUAAAAUGCCAUUUAAUUUACUAUUUUAAAAGAAGUAUUCUUCUUUUUUUAAAAAAAAAUUAAAACAUUUAUUGUGAAUAAUGUGUUUAAAGAAAAGGGAUGUUGUGGCAGCACUUAGAAUUGUUUUUUAAUUUGUUUUUUUUAAAAACAACUGUUUAUUGGCUACAGUUUGUUCACGAAAAAGUAUGACCUCUUAAUGUGUUUCAUUGGUAUUGUUAGUGCAGCAAAGUUUAAUUGGCAUAAGAAGUUGGUUAAUAGUACUGUUGAAGUGUGUAUUGUAUAUUUACUGGGGAAAAAAAUAAAACAUAUUCACAUUUCAAAUCUAUGUUAAAAGACCUUGAGUAAGGAGUCAAUAUGUGAAAACCCAAACAGGGAAAAUCAGGCAAUAAUAACAUAGACUGAGCUAUAAUCAUCACUGUCCACUUACAGGUGACAAGGAACAUUUUAUACACUGUUUUGUGAACUAAGCUGGAUAUUGCCUGUCCUAGGGGUUUGUGUUUAAUGUCCUGUCUCUCCUGGAACAGUUGUGCCACUGUGAUUACACUGGUGCAGCUAUUCCAGAGAUUAUUCUGCUCCUAGCUGUGUUCUCUCAGUGUGGGGAAGCACUGUGGGGGCACAGCUGGCUCUGCCUGAAGCCCACAGAGCAGUGGAUGUGUAAAACUGGUCUGAACCUCAGACCUGGGGUUUGGUACUGGUGCAGCUACUGCCAAGCCAGUACAGAGCACCCCAAAAUGUGUGGAUAGGUGCUAGGUCAGUCUUUCUCAAUCUUUGCUCUGAAUACUUGCUCAGUUCUGAAUGCAGGAGGGCUGAAGGACCAAAUAAUGAAUUGUUCCAUGUGCUUCAGUGGUGUAUUGCUAUAUGGGCAGCCAUUUCAGUGAUGCAAGGAACAGACAUUUCCUUCUUUGAUAUUUCUUUUGUUUCUUUCCUCUUUAUUUCCAAGUACAUAUCCAAGUCAGCAAACCCUUAGAAUACCUUUUGGUUGUCACCUGAAAUGCAACAGAAACACCAUUCCUUGGGAAAAGUACUAAAGAUAAGGUGCAUGGAAUGUUUUUAAGUAUAUUAAUUUAACUACACACCAGUGCAAAAGGAAGACAUGGCUGUUUGAAAUAAUUAUGUGCUGGUUUAUGCUUGCCUCAGCCCAUGCAUUGCCAGCCAUGAGAAAAGGUGUGUUCUGAGGCUGAGAAAGAGUCCUCACAGCUGAAAGACGACAGGGAAUAGGGUUGGGGGAAAUUUUGGCAGGAACUUUUAUUUUAAAAAGAAAAAAAUUACAGGCAGCUCCUUUGGCUUGUCUACAAUUUAUGCAGUUUGGGGUUUUUUUAUGGUUAAUGGCCUUGUGGAGUUUUAGCAAGGGAACUAGAAAGAAAAAAAUUGACCUUUUGUAAAGAUUGGGGGUACUUUUUUGCUGGGGGAGGAUUUUUUAAUUUCAUUUUUAUUUUUUUAUCAUAUGUUUUGUGUUCCAUCUCUCUGGAACACAUUAACUAAAACAUAAAUUGUUUUUGAAAACCAUGUGGGCAGCAGACAAUUCAUUUAGGAGGCACAUUGAAAUAGCAGGAAAAAGGGAAAAAGGAAUAAUAAAAUAAGGAACACAUACUGGUUUAGCACAGCCAAGUCCACCACAGUUUCAAUGAUGUGUAUAAACUUCAUUGCUUUUGGUUUUCAUACCAAAACAAGUUACCCAAAGUCCAUAGGAGGCCUGGAUCCUCGGGACACUAAAUCUGGUGCUUUGUUUUAAAUAUGUGGGUGGUUAAUCCGAGCUGGGGAGAGUGCAGAAUGCUCGGGGGUGUACGAGCCCCCAGCCCUGGCUGCUCAGAGCCCAGGGUCUCCAGCAGAGAAGCCCUUGUGGCUUUAGGCUAGUGCUUUCAGUGGGUCCCAGGCAGGUCAGCAUGUAGAGGAGGGUCAGGUCCCUCAGGAUGGAGCUUUCAGGGCAGGGAAGGUUCAGUGCCUGUGGUUUGCAUCUGCUCUGCUGUGUCUCGCUUGUUCCCACUUCUCUUGAGGACUGAGCUCUUUCCUGCCAACACCCUCCACCCAAAUUAACAGAUACAACUCACAGAUACCUCAUGGGACCCACAGGAGAUGUAGGGCCAUGCCUUUGUGCACAGUGGGCUGGUUAUUUGGGGAGAAGUAGCUCUGAGUUCCACAGCUGUGUGAGGACUGGAUUAUUCUUUACCAGGAUUUUAUUUACCUGUGUAGCUACAUCCAGGAGGACACGAGCAGAAAACAAGUUCCUAGAGCAGAGCUCAGCAUUGCAGCAUCUCUUCUGCUAUGUGGCUCCUUAUUCAGCCUGUGGUAGCCAGUCCUGAGUUCACUGCUGAAUUCUCACCACAUCCUGAGGACUCACAUGGCUUCUGCUGACAUCUAGGCAAGGGAGGUUGUUCCUCUUGCUUUAGCAGAAUGAAAAAACAAACAAACAAACAAACAAACAAAAACCAAGAAAUGCUAAAACUGAAGCCUUUCAAUUUAAUACAAAACUUUUAAAACAAUGCUCAAAAAUCCUAGAAAACAGCAUUUCAGAUAUAUGCUUGACAAUUGUUUAAUUUUUCUUGGUACUUUGUUUCGGCUACCAUUUAAAUGAUCCAUUUGUUUAUUUUCAGAGCUGCAACACUGUCCCUGCACCCCCCACCUCCUGCAUUUUCCAGUACUUAUCUUUCAUCUGUAAAGAAGUUAUGGUAGAGAAUGACAUUUGUGUACUUACAUUGUUCUAACUUUAAGCAACAAGGUGCACAGUUGCAUUCAGUUCAAUUGAUCAAAGCCAGAUGGGCACAAAAUGUUUGUGGGGUUUUUUGUCUAAAAAAGGCCUGCUACUAUUUGUGCUGAUAUUUGUUCCCCAUUUAUGCUGAUCAGUGCAUCUUUUGCCUUCAAGGAUGCCAUUAGUAAUUCUCCUUUGUGUUCAAAAGCAGGAAUCCAUUGUGCAGCACUUGGAGAGCCACUCGGAUACAGGUAAAGAAUAUAACAGCUUGAGCAAGUGCUAAUUAGAACCAAUUAAAGUUAAUUGACCUCCUUUGGCAGUAAAAUGCAUAAUAGAACUUGCUCUGUCCUUGCAAAAUGGAGAUCUUGCCUCUAAGCAUAAGAGUGAAGCAGGGUUUCAUGUAGCAGCCCCUAGUAAUUAUGUGAGUAUAACAACCAGGAAGCUGCUUGCUACAAUUUGUUCUAAUAACUGAGCUCUGCUGUAUCAGAGCAGCGCAAUAAAAGUGAGAUUUCUGCUCCAGUCUAUUUAGAAAACUAAUUUUUACAGAGCAAAUGAGCAUCCCAAGAUACCGAUACUAAUCUCUAGGAAUGAGUUGGCAGAAAAAUAGAGUCCCUUUUAUAGGUAAGUAAUGGUGUGAGCAUAAAAAAAGAAGCAGUUUUGUGCCUGCUGGUUGGAAAUAGCCCUGAUGCUCAGAGGUUCCAUCUAUCCUGGGCAGUGGGGAAGCUCUGGCAGGCCUGCACUGGUGCUUUUUCUGGGUGAAGGGUCUGCCCACAGUUCCUUGCCAUGAGGUUGCCUUUGGCAGACUUGUGUUGGAACAGCUGAGGUUUGUGGUGCUGCAGGACUACACCACUGCCAUGGGCAGCACUGUGGACAUGGUCAGAGGUACCCAAAUAAGAGAGAGAAAGAGCAGGGGAAAGAAUGGAGAGUAGGAAAUGCAAAACUGUAUGAAUUCAAAAGCAUCAGUGGUGAGUGCUAAACUGUACAUCGCUGUGAAAAGUUGAAAAGCCAUUUUUAUUAGUAAACCAGAAUUGAUCCAGUUUCCAUGACCAUGCUUUGAUGACUUUUUGCUUGGCAGGAACUGAAUGCGACUGAUUUUGCUGCUAACUUGGCCUUACUAUGAACAGCAAUAAAGGUGUUAGUCAGGUGGGGACUUUGAUGUGACCAGUGACAUCACUCUCCCUUCAGGGAAUGUUCUGUGCUGGCUUGUUAAUGAAUUUCUUUCCUAAUGAGUAUCAUUAAAAACCCUUUGAUUAGCUAUUUGUGUGAAUGCCCUUCCUUUUUCCUCUAAGCUGCUACUUGCACCAGUAGCAGCAGGAUUUUGCCCAAGGCAGAAAAUGCAGCUCCAUUCCUCACCUCAUGAAUACAAGUCUGAGGCAAACAGCAACAAGAAAGAGGGUGAAAAGAAAAAUUAA